AUGGCUAAGAUUCCUCACUGGCGUCUGAUUGUCGACCAGAGUGUCGUCACUCAGGAGAUCAUCGACUAUCCUUAUGUCGGCUCAGGGACCGAGUCCGACCCAUUCGUCGUAGAAUGGAUUCCCAAUGACCCACGUAACCCCAUGCUCUUCAACAAGAACAUGAAAUGGGUCUACACCAUCAUUGCUGCGUUCGCGACCUUUGGCGUUUCCAUGGCCUCUUCCGCCUAUGCAGGCAGUAUCGACCAAGUGAUUGAGCACUUCAACAUCGGUACUGAGGUAGCCACUCUGGGUGUGUCACUGUUCGUGCUUGGGUUUGCUAUUGGCCCUCUCGUCUGGGCACCGCUGAGUGAACUCAUCGGCCGCCAACUCGUCUUCUUUGUCUCCUACAUGGGCCUGGCCGUGUUCAGCGCUGGUGCAACCGGCUCGAAAAACCCAUGGACACUCAUCAUCUUGCGAUUCUUCGCUGGCUCAUUCGGAUCCAGUCCUCUAACCAACGCUGGUGGACUAAUUGCAGACGUCUUUCCCGCUGAACAGCGAGGAUUGGCAAUGAGUGUCUUUGCGGGUAGUCCUUUCCUCGGACCGACUCUUGGGCCUGUCAUCGGCGGUUUCUUGGGUCAGAGCGCCGGUUGGAAAUGGGUGGAAGGCUUCCUGGCAGCCUUUACUGGAUUCAUCUGGAUUGUUCAGUUCUUGAUUGUCCCCGAAACAUACGCCCCAGUCCUCCUCCGCAAGCGCGCCGACCGUCUCAGCAAGCUCACCGGCAAGACGUACAUCAGCAAACUCGACGUCGAACGUGGCCGUGUCUCCGUGACCAGCGCCUUCGGAGCGGCUCUCUUGCGCCCAUGGAUCCUCCUCUUCGCCGAGCCCAUUGUCCUCCUUCUCUCGCUAUACAUGGCCAUCGUCUACGGCACGCUGUACAUGCUCUUCGACGCCUUCCCGAUCGUAUACCAACAACUGCGCGGCUGGAACGAAGGAGUAGGCAGUCUGCCCUUCUUGGGAGUUAUGGUCGGAAUGAUGUCAGCUGUAGGAUACAACAUGUGGGACAACAAGCGGUACAAGCGUGUGCAUGAGAAACACCGUGGGUUCGCACCUCCCGAGGCACGUCUUCCACCCUCCAUGAUCGGCAGUAUCACCAUCCCGAUUGGGUUGUUCUGGUUCGCCUGGACCAACGGUCUCAACGUUCACUGGAUCGUCAGUAUCAUUGCGUCUGCUCCGUUCGGAUUCGGCAUGGUCCUCGUCUUCCUAAAUAUCAUGUCAUACCUGAUUGACGCGUACACGAUCUAUGCUGCCUCGGUGUUGGCCGCCAAUUCCAUCAUUCGAAGCUGCUUUGGCGCAGGAUUCCCUCUCUUCACGACGUACAUGUACCAGAACCUGGGUAUCCAUUGGGCAUCGUGCAUUCCAGCUUUCUUGUCGGUCGCUUGCUUGCCUUUCCCGUUCAUCUUCUACAAGUAUGGUGCCGCUAUUCGACGCAAAUGCAAGUAUGCUGGAGAAGCGGAUGCAUUCAUGAGGAAACUCGCUGAAAAGUCGCUGAACCCGGAGAAGGGCCAGGAAGUUGCCGAGGAAGAGGCCGAGGCGGUCGCCGAUGGAGUGGAUGAGACUAGGGUCGAUCGGGAGCUGGACCUUGAGCGCGCCGAGUCGGUGGCUACGGCAUCGGUGUCGAGUGAUGAGCGUGAAGGUCGGAAGUACGAGGCAAACCCGUACGAUAUCGAUCGUGUCAACACCAGGAACUCGGCGAUCACGCAGCGAUCGAGGUCGCGGUCGGUCAAAUCCAAGCGGAAGAAGUUCCUUGGAUUCUAA